UUUGCCUCAGCGAGGAAUGAAACAUUUUUGCGCAUUUUAUAGAAAUUUUUCUCGUGAUUUUUCACAAAUCGAGUGCUAUUAGUAUAAAACGUAAACUAAUAUUGAAAACGGAAACCAUGGAGGAACACAUCUACAACAAUUUCAACCCUACGCGCUGCAACAUUUGCUUCACCCGGACCAUCGAUCACCGGCUGACGAUGGUCGGCCAAAAGAUGCGUUAUUGCAAGGGCUGCCGGUUAAUUGGAUACUGUGGCGAGCAGCAUCAAAAGGAGGAUUGGAAGAAUCACAAGGACUUCUGCCGUGCCGUAACGAAGAUCCUGACGAUGAAGAAAAUCGAUCACAUCAUCGAAGUGCGGAAUGAAAGUGAUAAGAUUAUCGGUGGAACCAGACGGGAUUUAGAAUGUGCCAUUUCAUUGGCUGAAUGUCUAACCAUUUCGAUGCUGCAGAGAAAGCUCCUUCAACAUGAGUACACUUUGUUGCGGUUUCCGAACAUUUGCCAUGUGUGCUUUGAAUAUGAUAUGAGCAAGCUCAAGGCUUGCGAGGGGUGCAAUCAAAUCUUCUAUUGCAGCGAGGAGCAUCGUCUGCAAGAUGUUCGGAAGCAUACACAAUGGUGCGAAAUGUACCGUAUUAAUCUGCUACUCGAUGCCGAUUAUCCUACUCGAUUGGAGAUUUUUGGUUUCCCGAAACUUAACGCUUUCAAGCGGGUGAAAUUCCCAGAGGACACUUUCGAGCUGGUUAACUUAGCUUACACCGGCAACAUCCCCAGCACACCGCAAUCCGUGAAGGAUUUCAAUGAUCUCAAGUUCAUUUCGAACUACUCCCACAUCAGUACAAUCUUGUACGCACUGAAUGUCACCAACAUGAACGAAGAACUGAAGCAAUCGCUUGUCAUCUACGUCGUCGGCGCUGAAGACGAAAUUGUAUACUUCGAUUACAACACCUGUUCGGUUAUCUUCACAUACAUACCACAGAUCCGUGACGUGAUAAUCCACUUUAUCGGACCUGCCCUCAGUUCCAUCAAAGACGAAAUAGAACUAAAUUACGAAGGCACCCGCUCGGUUAAAAUGUACUACCAUAAAGGGUUCUACCACACGUUGGAACCUCUGGAAUCGAUGGACCGGCCUCAGAUCAUCGUAAGUUACAACUGUGGCUUCCAUGAGCAUAUCGAUUCCACCAAGGACACCUGGACCCAUACCCUAGCACGGUUGAUCCGGUUUGUUAAUAUUCCGAUUGUGUUCACUUCAUAUACGCAAGAGGAAGCUUGCCAGGAUUGUGCAAUAAUCUAUAGCAUUGGCAAGCGGUCGAUUAAGAAGAAGGAGCUCGUGUUUGUAAAACGGGCAACCGCCAAUCCCUACAAGGAUUACAAACCGCUGCGUAACACAAACUACAUUGACGAUUGCGACGAGCUGUACUAUUCCAAUGGAUACAUCAGUCUGGUGAUUAGCCGCGUGCCCUGAGCUGUGAUGGCAUUUGGCCCACGGUGUUCCUUUCUUGGAAGCAUUCCUUGUGUUGCAUUUAGUACAAAGUAGUAAGUGCCGGAUCUAGUUGUUUUUACUGUUUAUAUUUUCUCAUGAAUUUUAUACGAAUGAUUGGAAACGUUUUGUUCGAGCUCACGGAGCAUAUGUGCUAAAGUGUAAAUUAUUUCUGUGUAUACUUUUAUGAAUUCUGUUUCUAAUAAUUGAAGAGUAUGCCAAUGUAAAAGUGAAGCUUAAAAAGUAACUAAG